GGCUCGAACGAAAAUCUUUUCCCCGAAGAAAGGAAAGGAAGAAGGCGGCCGGCGAGCUCGGCCAUGGGCGACAACCAGUACUCAUUCUCCCUCACCACCUUCAGUGGGGUUGUUGGAGCAUGUCCACCACGAACCAAAUUUCAGCCGAAAACUGGCAAGAAGAGCUCAUAGCCAUAAGCUAUACAAUGCAGCAUAGCUGCCCUAGUGCUGCUAAUGGAGCAGUUAUCGCCACUGAGAAGAAACUGCCAUCUAUUUUAGUGGAUGAAACAUCUGUGAAAAAGAUUCAGGUGUUGACACCAAAUAUUGGAGUUGUCUACAGGAAACUAUGCCUGUCACACAACUUGUCCGAGAAACUGCUGCUGUUAUGCACGAGUUCACACAGUCUCGGUAGUGGGGUAAGACCAUUUGGUGUAUCUUUGCUGAUUGUUGGUUAUGAUGACAACGGUCCCCAGUUGUACCAGGUAGACCCAUCAGGAUCGUACUUCUCCUUGAAAGCAUCAGCUAUGGGGGGAAAUGUGUCCAAUGCAAAGACAUUUCUUGAGAAGCGGAGCGUGACCACCUGCGCGGGGCUGGUCGCGGAUCUGAUCGAGAAGCUGCUCAAGGACAUGCACAACGUUGGAUCGGUCUACUUCAACUUUUUUUCCGUUGCACUGUACACAGAAGACAUGGAACUUGAUGAUGCCAUCCACACUGCAAUUUUGACUCUGAAAGAAGGAUACGAAGGGCAAAUCUCUUCCAACAACAUUGAAAUUGGAAUAAUCCGAUCUGACCGUGAAUUCAAGGUUCUGAGCCCCGCAGAGAUCCAGGAUUUCACGGAAGAGGUGGAGUAAGCUGUCUCUUGACAAGUUCCUAACUGAGGAAAGAGAAUCAAGACGCCCCAAAAGUUUGACAAUUCCUUCUCUUUUAUAUUCGAACUGAUUGGCUGCAGUGGAUGCAUAGACUCCGAACAGGUUUCCAACUUAAUGAUAGCACCUGGCACACUAUCGGCCACUAGUUGGCCAACCUAUCAUCUGGUGCCGAUCCUUGUGUACAAUCUAUAUAUUUCAAUGCAUCGGCCAGAGGUUAACAGCUUCUGUGCGGUCGAAAUCGAGCGUUGCACAAAACAAAAUAGGGAUCAAAGUCAAUCCAAGCUGUCGAAUCAAGAGGUGAUGUAAAAUCAAGCGUUAGUCGUUAGCUUUCUGGUCAGAUGUGUUGAAUUCUUUGUGAUUGUCAGCUCUUAGUCCGGGUUGAAUAUGCGUGAUCAGGACAUGGAUGGAUGGUGUCGCCUGCCAGGCGGAUGAUUGGUUUGUACAAAGCGAUUAAUCAAGUGACCAUUGACUAACUUUAUAAGCAGAUGGUAUUACUAGAUGGUAA